GCCGACCAAGAUGGCGGACUCAGCGACUGUGACCGUUACUUUCGUCACAAAUACCUCAAAUAUUUGUCUUUCCUUUGUUCCGUCCAACGGAAGUUGAGUUUGGAGCGAUGGGGUGUUACCGGAAGUGAAGAUUGAGGACGUGAUAGAAGACGGACGACGACUCCUCUGCUAAGAUGGCGACGUCACGUAAAAGAGAAAGUGAAAGCGAAUCAGCGCCGCCAACUUCCAGCAAAUCACCAACGCAGGAAAAGAUGACAUUUGCAGAUAAAUACGUCCAGCAGCUGAUCGGUCAUCCAGAAGAACUUCCCCUUCGGCCGCAGAGGCGGAGCUUCACUUUGAAGCUGGAGGAUCCGCAGCCUCUUCACAUUAAAGAUGAAGAAGAGGACACAGAGUUCCCCUACUUUAAAGAGGAGGAGGAGGAACUCUGCGUCACUCAAGGGGGAGAGUGUCUUCAAGGGCCGCAGCAAGCUGGUUUCCCCGGGUUCCCACUGACUUUUGUCUCUGUGAAGACUGAAGAUGAUGAAGAGAAACCACAACAAGAAAACUUCAUAGCGCCGCUGUCGGAUAGUGAGGCUAAAGACGGGGUUGAAGUAACUCUGAGCAGCGAUACAGACUGUGAAGGUGAUAAGAGGACUCACGCUGACAACAAACACUCUGAAUGCUCUAAAGAGACGAGAGGUAAAAAUAGUUUUAGCUGCUCGGUUUGUGCUAAAAGCUUUUCUAAAAAGUCCAAUUUCAGUCGACACAGGAGAACGCACACGGGCGAGAAACCGUUUAUUUGUCCCGUUUGUGGUAAAAGCUUUUCUCAAAAGAGCCAUUUGUCUGAGCACACCAAAACACACACGGGGGAAAAAAUAUUUAAUUGCUCAUUUUGCGACAGAGGUUUCUCGCAAAACAGCAAUCUGACCAAACACAUGAGAACGCACACGGGAGAAAGACCUUUCAACUGUUCGGAUUGUGGUAAAAGCUUUUCCAAAAAAAGCAAUUUGACUGAACACAUGAAAAUACACAAAGAGGAGAAACCUUUUGAUUGUUCAUACUGUGGCAAAAGCUUUUCGAAGAAGGGAAAUUUGACCGAACACAUGAAAAUACACACAGGAGAAAAAACAUUCCAUUGUUCAGUUUGUGAUAAAAACUUUUCUCAAAAAAAGGUUUUGACUGAACACAUCAGGACACACACAGGAGAGAAACCAUUUAUUUGUUCAGUUUGCGAUAAGGGCUUUUCACAGAAAAGCACUCUGACCAAACACAGCAGAACACACACAGAUAAUGAAAGACUUUAAAGUGUGGGCUGCAGGGGGCAGCGGUGGUUCUGCCUGCAAACUUAGAGCCGGGCCAAGUUAGAAAAAGUGACUGAGAAAGCAUUGCAGUGGUUUCCUUUUUUGCUUUUGCCUCGCUCGCCUCUGUAUGCCACACAACUGUUUUUUCCUGGAUGUAAAUAAAACGUCUGACUUGUU